CCUGGCCGCGCACGCCGCCGACACCGCCGCCGUCUACAGGCAGAUCGCAUUGCGCGCCGUCCGUGAGAUGUCGCUGCCUGACGCAUGCGCAGAUCUGCUGCUAGCUGAAAUGGAUAACGACAGGGAGAGAGAGACAGAAGACUGGGAGUCUGCCAACGAGGGCGGGAGCGAGCGAGGCAGGCAGCGGGACGUCGAACCUGACACCGACCGGUGGCCUGACGACCAACCCAACCUCGACUGCUGCAGGGCGGCGCCGGGCGCGGCGGGCGGCAGUCUGCGCGCGCAGCCCGCGCUGCAUCUACCGCUCGACAACUCGCGGCCGGGGACGUGCAGGCGGGAGGGCGCUUCAAGAUCCGCUGAUACUGCGCAGCAUCGACAAUCUCUAUCGUCGUGCUCCAGUCGCACGUCGGGGUGUGCGAGCGGGGCGGCGGGGGGCGCG